AUGGCUGAAAACGAUCCCACUCCCGAGCAAGAGGCCGCUGCCCGCGUCAAGGAGGCCGAGGAACAGGCCGCACUCCCGUACAAAUGGACCCAGACCAUUGGCGAGCUGGAGGUCCUGAUCACGGGCAUUCCCGGCAACUUCAAGGGCCGUGAUCUGGUCGUCGACAUCAAGAGGCAGAAGCUGGUCGCUGGUAUCAAUGGCAAGGAUCCCAUCAUAAACGGCGACCUCCCGCAUCCCGUUCACACCGAAGACAGCACCUGGACCCUGACGUCCGCCCCCGACGGCACCAAGACCGUCGAGAUCCACCUCGACAAGAUCAACAAGGUCGAGUGGUGGGCCCACGUCCUCACGACCGACCCCAAGAUCGACGUCACCAAGAUCAAGCCCGAGGAUAGCAAGCUGUCCGACCUCGACGGCGAGACCCGCGGCAUGGUCGAGAAGAUGAUGUUCGACCAGCGCCAGAAGGAGAUGGGCAGGCCCACGAGCGACGAGCAGAAGAAGGCCGACAUCCUCGAGAAGUUCAAGGCCCAGCAUCCCGAGAUGGACUUUAGCAACGCCAAGAUCAGCUAG